UGAUGGGCUGAUGGGAGUGGUAAACCUGUAGAUGGCUGUUAACGACUGCUGAUGACUGCAAUUGGUCCUGCGGGGGAAAAAGCAAGGGCUGAGGCGCUAAAGAAAGCUUGAUCUGCUGGUUUCUCUUUAAGGUUUCCAGACUCAAAAGAUAGCAUGGCAAUUAAAGGCACAGAAGUCCUGUCCUCUAUUGGGUCUGGCAACCCUACUGGUGAAGGGGAAAGCACGCUGUGCAAGCUCAAUGGUACUCUAGUCAUUAUUCUUAGUUUUGUGUUCCAGUGAACCUUGGUAUUGAAACACCAGGCUAGGUUCUGGUAAGUCCUGGAUGAUAGUAAGCCCAGAUCAGAUCCAAUAUUUGGUUAAAAAGCAAUGUGGAUUAAAAAGAGCAAUCCAUGGCAAUAGAGAGAGUGUGUCCCUAUUUUUCAGAGUCAUUUACCGUACAGACCUAUCAGGCAGGUUGCUUGCACUCCCCCCCUCCAAGUGGCCAUAUAUUUUCCCUGUGGGCUUCAGAGCUGGGCCCACUGAGUGUGAGAUUCUGUCUCAGCAGGAGCUCUAAUAUCGCUGUGCAAGGGCAACCUGGCACCCAAUACCCUAUCAGCUAUUUCUCACAAGGAAAGAGCAAACACCUGCCCAGGUCUGCAGGGCAUUCCCUUCCCUCCUCCUGCACCAUGAAGCUAGUGCCCUAUUGAGAUCUGCACUGUCUAUCACUAUCAGUUUCUUAAAGAGAGAAAGCUAAGCAAGGUUUAACUUCUAAAACGAGAGGUGCUGGGUAUUCAAGCCGAGCUGAACUCCCUUCUUGAUUUAUAGGUGUGAAUGGGCUGGUCAGAGGUGAGAGAAAGGCUCUCAGCAAAUUCCUGGCUUACAGCUUGUUUAUUUCCUUUCCCCCCUACCCUUAUCUGAGUAGCUCAGGGCAGAGUACUGUACAGUACUUGGUUGUGAAGCACCCACCACGCAGCACAAUUUAGAGUGAAAGACAACCCAAGAUUGCCCAGUGAGAGUUAAUGCUGACUGGAGAUUUAAUGUCCUCAAGCCACCUAGCUUUCUAGCCCCUACUUACAAUGUUGCUACCCUAUUUGCAAUUUUAACGGUAUUGAUUGCAAUGUGGUCUACCAGAGUUGAGGUCCUAGCUUGGGAAAUGUUUGACCCAGGAUUCCAUGGCUGUGUACAGACACACAUAAUCUGAGCAGUGUAAAAGUACACUCAAAGCAUUAUGGACAAAUAUGCAAUAUAAUCUCUCCCUAUAUUAAGUUCAAGGGAAAUCUGUACUUCAGGUAUGCAGCAAAGGCCAAAUUUGCAAAGCCCUGGUUGACUGAAUUCCCUUUCUGGAAUAUUUUUUCAGGUGCUUUAAAAAAAAAUGUUCUUGACAGGAUAAAUAUGCAAGAGAGGCUAGUGGUGGGGAACACAGAACACAGACUGUCCGAAGCAUGGCAGGGGAGAGGAGAGAACAGGAAAAGACCUUUGCCAUUUGAUUUAGAGGCUGGACAUGUGUCGUUUGAAGGGCAAAGGCAAAGAGAGCAAAUCUCAGAAAAAAAGGGGGGGGGAAGCAACCUGCUUGUCUUUCUAUCUAUAUUAGUGUACCAGAGCUCUGUCAAGGAUUAUAUGAAGUAAUAAAAGUGUGUCUGAAUAUGUCCAGAGUGCCUUUUAAUGACUUUUUAAAAGCCCAGGUUCAUUCCCAUAUGACUUCCAGGAAAUUUGAGUCCCUUCUGUUAUUAGAAUUCAAUAACAGAUCAGUGCCCCCCAAAUCACAAUGCUUGUUUGCGACCACAUCUCAUUAAUGAUAGCUUAAAAUCUAUGCCACCCACCGAAUGAGUAUUUUGGCAUUUGAAUAUUAGAGGUUCAAAUUGCUCAGUGCUUUCAGGCACCUCCCAAGUAGGUGGUGCAGUGAUCGAUGGUACCCAGCAAAGCAUUGCCAAAAACGUAAAUAAAAUAAAAUAAAAUAAAAAUCUAAAACAAUCCUGACAACAGAAAGCGUUUCAGUACAUCUCCAGUUGGGUAACAUAUUUUUUUCCUUACUACAUUGUCUGUAGAUCAGGAAAAUACAAAUUAAAUUGGGGGUGGGGGAGCACAGGCUGCCACUUGGAUGAGAAUAUCAUCAUGUGAACGAAGCGAAAAACUUACAAACAAUGGGGUGCAUCAUAUCCAGUUUAAACUGCCAUGCUCACCAACUUUCUGCUAUGCGUUACACCAGACUGCUCAAUGAACGACUUCUCUAUAGCUUCAAAAACAACAGAGAAUUAUAUACGGGAAGAUGAAGAAGAGUUUGGCUAUGAAGGAUAAGGUGAUUACUUAAGGGAGGGUUUUCUCUGCCAUAUAUGGUUUCUUGGCUGUUGAUGAGUUAGCAGCAAAUCCCUGUGCGAUGCAUGCCCAUGCCAAUGUGUUUUACGGUGCCUGAUAUGCAAACUGACUCACCGCUGUCUCUCCCAUGUUUAUCCUCCUAAACAACGUAUUCACCAGAAAGCUGGGGAGAAAACACUUCGCCCCGCUGAUCGAUGACUCUCCCCUCCAUUUUCUAAAGGUGCUCAUUGUUCCUAGUUGCUAUCUCAUGAUGACCAACAACUGUGAGUAUCUAGUGCACUGGCCCCAAAGUGGGCCUGCUGUUUGUGUGCCUUUGGUCUCAUGAGAAGCAUCCCUGAAAUGAGGGGGCUGGGCUUCUACCCGGAACACCUGGUUGCCCCAAUUAUUCUUCGUUUUAGUUUAAAUUUAUGGCAGACAGCUUUUAAUAAAAGAAUGAGGCCUUGCCCACCACCUCGCAAGCCAUACCCUUUCAAACUACUGACCUGCAUCGCUCAGUUUGCUCAUGAUUCCUGCUGGUUUGGGGUGGAUCAGAAACUAGCCCCUUAUCAUAUUUAACAUGUCUGUGUAUCUGCUUUAUAUAGUAAUCUUGUAAUUGUGUUUUAUUAGAUUUCUAACCUUCUGUUUGCUGCUUGAGUUUUUUAAAAAGGAAAAUAAUGAUGAAAACGUUUUAAAUCAACCAACUAAAUGACUGGCAGAGUGGGACACCCAGAGACCGCAAAAACACAGCUGCAAUAACUGUGAGCGUGACAGGGGCUUUAGCGGGGCAAGGGUUUUGAACUAUGACAGUUGUGGGGGAGUAGAAGAAGGAUCUUAGGCUGCUGUGAGCCCAAGUAUUAGAAAAUAAUAGUCUCCAGUGAGAGAAAACCAAACCCAGGCUCUAUUCAUGAGCAGAACACCACCUCAACUGAGGCUCUGGAAGAUGCUGAAGACAAUGAGGAGCUCAUAGAACAGCUCAUGUGCAUCACCUCAGACAGCUUACCCCAGCUAGAAGUAGAGGAGAAAUAUGACAUAGCCAAGGAGCUAGGCAGUGGCUCGUAUGGGCAUGUUCUGCACAUCCAGCAUCGUGAGAGAGGAACAUCGAUGGCUCUGAAGCUGAUGUCCAAGGAGCGGGCAGGGAGACAAGAGUUCCUGCGGGAAUACUGUAUUGCUCUCUGCCUCUCCUCACACCGCGCUCUUCUCCGAACCACUGGCAUUGCUUUUGAGACAUCUACACAUUACGGCUUUGCACAGGAGCUGGCACCAGCUGGUGACCUCUGUGCCAUCCUGAAUUCAGGGGAGGGCCUUCCUGAGGUACAGGUGAAGCGAUGUGCAGCUCAACUGGCUGAAGCGUUGGAUUUCAUGCAUGGCAAAGGCUUGGUGCACCGGGACAUAAAACUGGACAAUGUGAUGCUUUUUGACAAAGAGUGCCGUCAGGUGAAACUGGGAGACUUUGGCCUCACACGAGUGGAAGGCACACAAGUGGCUGCUAUGUCUGGCACUCUGCCCUACUCCCCACCUGAACUGUGCCUUUUGGAAGGCACCGAGACUUUGGCUCUGGACCCCAGCCUGGAUGUCUGGGCCUUUGGAGUGCUACUGUUCUGUAUUUGUACAGGUUGCUUCCCUUGGGAUGUGGCCAUGAGCCCUGACCCUCAGUUUGAGGAAUUUGGCAUCUGGCAGAACCGCACAGUGCCAGGGGAGGCUCCGGCCCUGUGGAGAGGCUUCACCACCCACCUCUUGGGUCUGUUCCGCCGCCUAAUGGCCAUUGACCCUAACCGCCGCAGUCCUGCUGUUGAAGUGCACAAGUACUUAGCUCUGCCUUGGCGGGUGGACAGCUGUGGAGGGACACAGAGUCCCCAAGAUGAACCUCUGAAUACAAUGGAUUCGGGUGCCUUCCUCAAUAACCCUAUUGGGGGCAAUACUGACCUGGGCAAUAGAUCUCAGGAGAAUUGUCCAGGGGAAAUACUGCCUGAGCUAAUUCUCUGUGAGAAAACCCACACCAUUCAGAAUGGUCAUAGCCCUGGAAGCAAUCCCAGUCCACAGGAAGCCUCAUGGCUAACUCAGCCUGGGCUUCAGCCCUGAUUUUAGAUAAUCCUCUUCCAUGAACAUGCUGAAAUGAGUUGAAAGACCCAAGGAAGGGAAAUAAGACUUAGCAGUAGUUUGUUCAGUAUAAUGCCACCUCUGCUAUUGGUCAGGGUAGCAUAGAACUAGCUAGUCAGUAAUGGGUGAUCUACUCCCUGCCAGAGAGACAAUGCAUAGUUGGGGAGCAAUGAUAUCAGCAGAACAACCUUUAUUUCAAUAGCAGGAACAUCACUAGAGAAGAUAACGGUUACUUCCUCUUUAGCUUGAUUAGCUGGAGAUGCCUUCCUUUGUUCACUCACUUUUUGUGGAGCAUCUAGGCAAUGUCAUUAUUAAGGUGUUGCAGCCCAGAAUUUUCUGUAUCAUCUCACCAUGAUUUUUUUAGACAAUUAUGACAAUUUUAAAGAAAUAAAAUAUGAUCGCUGGACCAGCCUGCCCACAAGGAACAGGCAGAGUUAUGUUCCAGCUUCUCACAGCUCCUGUACCUUUAAGACAGGGAUGGCCAACUCACAGGCUGGAACAAGGCUGCCAUGCCUUCAAGUCCCACAACCUGAUUAGGAAAUCUCACCUGCUCUUUAAGGAGCAGAUGGGGCACUUAAUCUCCAGAUUGAGACAUAAAAUUCCUCUUCCGAGAUGGUUGGACAGUGUUCUCGAAGCUACGAACAUGAGUUUGACCAAGCUGCAGGAGGCAGUGGAAGACAGAAGUGCCUGGCAUGCUCUGGUCCAUGGGGUCACAAAGGGUCGGACACGACUAAACAACAAAUGGAAAGAUAAAAGAUCCCUCUGGCCUCUUUUAGAGGGGUAUCUGAAGAGCAGUCAUAGGAAUCAUUUCUCCCUGAUCUUAAUGCUCAAUACCACAGUGCUGAGACUGUAGAUUAUCCCUCUACCUAAUAUUUAAGAGUAAAAGCAACAUGCACACCCCUCACUCCAGUCCUAGGGAGAUAAUUGGGGAAAUGUUGUGUUUUAAUCUUAAAGAGCAAACAGCAGGCUCAUAUCCAGCCUUAGCACUGCGGUGCCUAGCAUUAAGAUCAGAGAGAAGUGUAGGAUAGGUUUUAGUGGAUAGGAGAGGAUAUAUUAAUUGGGACUUUAUCCCUCUAGGCCACGUGUGUGGGGUGAACAGACUUUUAAAAUCCCACCCUAAACUGAACAAUUAAAAGAGUAGGAAUUAGGCUGUAAAACCUUGUUUUUAGCAAGUCCAGCUAUGAAGUAAGCUGGCUCUCCUUUCUUACCCUGCUCAAUAAAGAACUGGGCAACAACUUGGAAAGUAAGUUAAAAACUAUAACUUGUUUACUUAUAAUCUAGCAUUGGUUCAAGCAAUGGCAGCAGUAAAAACUAUGCAAGCAAAAUACUUACAUUUGCAGUAUAACCAUCUUCAGGUAUGCACCUAAAGCUGGAGUAAGUAGAGGCAUGUCUGCAUCCAUGGCUGUCAAAGGGAGGGAGGGGGAGGGGGAGAAAG